AUGGCGCCACUUACUCCAUCAUCCUCCUCUUCACAUCAAAAGACCCCCUCCCAGGCUAUGAUCCCAAUGUGGGAUUCAUCAGACCCAGCGCGCAAUCCUCCACCCCUCCCGCUCAGACCGCACGGCCCCGGCUCUCCCAUAUCUAGCAGCGGCGCAUCCGGCGUGGCGCCUGACCUCGGCUACGAGUCUCCGAAUAGCUCUCGAGAAGUCUCGCCGGUUCGACGACCUCGUUCAGACUCAUUUGGCGCCGGCGGUGUCCUGACGUCUCCAAAACGCGCCGUGAUGCCUCCAACUGGCGGCAGCAGCCACAUAUGGACGAAUUCAACCGCGCCAUCGAAUUCGGUCCGUGAGAUACGCGACAUGAUCCUGAGUGGCCAGAAGCCAGAAACCUCGCCGACGAGAGGCGUAGCGCCUUCACCGAGAGACCUGUUUGGAAGCAGUGCGUCGUUUCCUCUGAAGGACAGAGAGAUCCUCCAGCCUAGGGAACAGUACUCUUCUCUCUCGUUCCGUAAGUCCUUGGACUUCGAUAAAGCACCUGCGCUCACUCCUCUACGUAACAACACUACAUCUCCCGAACCGAGCACACCAAAGAAUGCCGUAACACGGUCGGGGGCGGACUACGAUGAUGCGCCUGGGAAGGUUACCGUCCAUGACAUCCACACCAUCAGCUCGCAGCUGUCUGGCAUCACGACAAUUGCCACGAAUCUACAGAGAGAGAUGACCAACCUUUCGCGCCGGUCAAAGGACAAUGCCACCGAUCUGAUGGCCCUCAAGGAAGCUGCCAAAAACCGGGAUGAAGAUAUUAGGCGUUCGCUUCGGGACCUCCAGAGUGGGUUGACCUCUUUCGAGGCAACUGAUCGCCUUCUCGAGGGGCGACAUUCGCAUUUAUCUAUGGCUAGCGGAAGUGACAGGGGAUCAAAUUACGGGGACGAUGCUGCUCUUAUGCACCAGAAGUAUGCCGCAGCCUCGACCCAGACUCUCGAGAAGAUCCUCAGAGAGAUGCCCACCAAGCAGGAUCAAGAUCGGGCUCUCGAAAUUCUCCAGGACAUCCAGGACAGCUUGAAAGCGCAACAGGACCAGGAGGGUGGAAAGGGGGACGCCGAGGCGAAGAUUCUAACUGUUCUUGAGGAGAUCCGGGACCGAGAGAGUUCUCGAGGAAAAGAACUGGCGCUGGUUGGUGCAAGAUCACACGACGACGACGAACGAGUGCUUGCUAUGCUCGAGGAGUUGAGACGUGAUCUGCACCAAGAAAAGCCUGGAGAGGAGAGGAUCAUGUCUAUUCUUGAGGAAAUUCGGGAGAAAGAUGUCGAGGAGCGUAGUGACGCGCGCAUUCUCUUGGCUAUAGACGAAAUCAAGGGCAGGGACGCGGACGAGAGACUGGACCAGGCUGUUUCUAUUCUGGAAGAGCUUCGGGACCGUGACGCCGACGAGAAGGUGAUGUCUAUGAUAGAGGAAGUUAGGGCCAAACUGGAGGUCAUGUCGGAAGAUAUGGGGAAGCAACCGACGACCACCGCUAUCUCUAGCAGCACCAGUCUAUCCGAGCCUACACCAAUAGCCAUUGAUGGGAGUGUCGAGGUGCUAGAUAUUUUGAGGAAUCUUCAAGAGGGUGUGGGCUUCGGAGGAGCACUGGGCAAGGAAAUCAAGAGAUUGGUUGAAGAUUGGAGGGAGAUAUGGAUCGGCCACGACAAGAGUGUUGGCGAUGCUUUGAAAGACCUUGGCGGACAAAUCGAGGUGCUUGCAGCUGUGCAACGUGCAGCAAUGGCUCGGAUGCCUUCGCAUGGGUCGCUCGGCCUUCCAUCUCAGGCUCUCACUACCACAAACCCUCCACUUCCCCCCGACUUGGACAACGAGGCGGCUAUUACCGCGCUUGCAAAUAUUGCCUCGACCACCACCCGUACGGACAUCACGCUCUCAUCCAUCAACGCUCUCAUCAAGGUUUUCCAGAAAGAGUCGUAUCAUGCGAACAACCAUAACACGGAAGGGUUAGCUACGCUGGGACGUUUUCUAGAAGAGAUCGGACAAGCAGUAGGCACAGCCAACGCGGCAACCGGCGACGUUAGAAAGGUCUUGGAAGUGGUACGUACGGGUGUUUGCAGUGGGAAUGACCGGUUGGCCGAAUUCGAAGACAACACUUCUAGAAAGAUCGACGAGCUCACGCAUCUCCACAAACAUCUCCAGAGAUCCAUCAUGGGGGAUGAUGACGAGGCACUGUGGAAAGUGGAUUUGGGUGUCAAGGACGAUGUCGACGAGCUCACCAGGAAGGUCGAGGAACUCUUCGAAAAGAACACCGAAACCAUGGCUGCGACGUCUGCAGAAACUCUCGAAGCUAUUGCCAACUCAAACCCGGCAAUGCUGAUUGCGGAGCUCAAGGGCGCCCUUGGAGCUAUGGCUCAGAGGAGCUUGGAUGCUUUCAACAAAUCCGAAGACGCCAUUCAACAAUUGAAGGAGGCGACGGAAACCUCUGCGGAUAGAAACAUCGAGGCGAUUCAAGCCGCUAAUUCAGCUGUUGCAUUGGCCGAUUUCCGGACCGAAUUCAAGGAGAUGGCAGAGAAGACGUAUGCGAUUUGCCAGGUGAUUGACGCUAAAUCCGGAAGUGAGGGCGUGGGCGAUAUUCUUGCUGGCAUAAAGUCGGAGUUGGCUGUCCUUAUCCAGCAGUCUGUAAUAUCGGAAUCGACCGAGAUCACGUCUGCGAUCGACAGACUGAGGGAGGAGCUGGAUGCAAAAAUGGAAGACACCUUGACCACUGCCGUUGCGCUUGCCAGCGCGGACGAGAAGACGUCAGCUGCUUUGGCAGAGCUGAGAUCGGAAGUGAAUGAAACCCUUUCAAAGGCAGUUACCAGAGACGACUCUGCGAAGAUUCUUGAGCCUAUCCGUGAACUUCGACAUGAGAUUCUGGAUAUGAUUGAGAAGUCGAACUCAGCUAUGGCAGCUCCAGUACACUACCCCGAAGCGGAUGAGAUCAAAAUCAGGAUUGAGCGCCUUUCGAGGGAGCUCAUGGACGCCAUGGUGAAAACUGCCGAUUUGGUUGCGGAGUCGGCCAUGUCCAGCGGCGAUUCGGGCCAGCAGAUCAAAGAAACUGUGGAGACUUUGCGGAAGGAUAUUGGCGCCAUGGGUAGUUCGAUUGCGGCCGCCGUAGCAAGCAACUCUGCCAUCGCCGUAGAGGACGGCAUCAAUGGAGCGUUCGAGGAUAUGAAGGAGACCGUCUUGGCCAAGGUCGAACAGAGCUUGGUGACUUCGGACAAGGCCGUUUCUUGCAUCGCCGACCUUUCCCAGCAAACCAGAGAUUCUAUCACUGAUUUGAAGAAAGAGGUUCUGGAAAUGAUGAACAAGAGCAUAUCGAUGGCUGUUGCUACCGUGACGCCCAGCGAGACGGGGACGAACAACAAGUCGCUUCUGGAUGCCCUUGAAGGAAAGAUUACCGACGUUAUCAUCUCCACCAUGGCGGCUAGUUCCUCUUCCGACGAAAUUAAGGAGCUGAUCGAGAGCUUGAAGACCGAUAUUGACGGUAUGGGGAAACAAAUCGUUACUCCGACCCCCGGUUCGGAUGAAACUAUCAAGAAGCUCCUCCGUGAGAUGAAGGAGGAUGUGACUAGUAUCGUUUCCUCUGCAUCUUCACAGGACACCAAGAAGUCUAUCGAUCAACUCCGUCAUGACGUCCAAGAAAUGAUGCAGAAGUCAUCAUCCAUGAUUUCUCCCGCCGGUGUUCUCCCGAUCGAUCCCACGGCUGCUAAGAAGGUGGAAGAAGCAAUUACGAGUCUCAAGGAGGAUGUGAAUGAGAUGCUCGAGAAGAGUUUAGCAGUGGCGAUUGCUGAAUCCACUUUCGAUUCCGAGGAAAAGGUUAAAGAAGCCAUCGAGGAGCUGAAGAGGGACGUCAAGGAUACUCUUGAGAAAUCGAUGGUCCCACUGCCUCAGCAAGCGAACCAUGAGUCGUCGAGAAUGGUCCGCGAGGCUAUGGAAGUUCUUCGUCAAGACCUUUCGUCUAUGCUCGAUAAGAGGGCGAUUGGAGAGACGGAGGAUAGGGAGGACAUGGUUAAGCGUCUCGAUGCUCUCAAGGGACAGUUCGGAGAACUAUUGGAGAAAUCGACCAACGUGGAGGUCAAGGAAGCGGUGGACAUCCUAAAGAUUCAGGUGCACGGAUUGCUCGAGAAAUCUAUGGGAGCGGAGUACGCGGAACUGAAGGAUAUGCUCAAAGCUAUCAAUGGCCAAGUUAUCGUCCGGGAGCCCAUGCCUGCCGAUGAUGAAGUCAAUGUCAUCCUUGAGGCGCUCAGGAUCCAGGUGGAGGAGUUGGCAAGCAAGCUUGCCGAAGGAGAUGUUUCGGUCAGCAUGGCUGGUUUGCAGGCCCAGGUCGAAAAACUCUCCAAGAGACCCGUUACCACCGCAGACAACACCGAACUCAAGGAAGCCAUCGAAGCUCUGAAGUCUCAUAUCGAAGGAUUGCAGCCGAAGACUAGCAGCGACUUAACUGUUCUGAAUCCGAGCGCCGAGGAACUCAAGGCAGCUGUCGAGGAAUCGACCAGCAAUCUAUCCACGGCGAAUGAUGUUUUGGUUGUGAAAACCCUCGUUGAAGAGUUUAAAGGGGAGUUUGCGGCCGCGAUGGAAAAGCAUUCGGCAGCGAUCCACGCACUGGGCUCUGCUGGUGCUUUGGAGGCGCUCAAGGUUGACCUUCAGACACUUCUUGUAAAGCCGAUCGCCUCUCUAGCAUCCUCUGGCCAGCCUGCUGCUGCAGGUGACACCCAGGUGAAGGAAGUCAAAGACGCCUUGGAGCAACUCCGGAAGGAGGUGAAGGAGAUGGUCGUGAGGUCUAGCACCAGACCGCUUGUCUCUCAUUCUAUUCCAUCCUCUACUUCGGCUGCGACCCCCGAAUCCAUGGACCUUAAGGAGGCAGUUUCCGAUAUCAGUUCUGCUGUCGGCGAAUGCCGCGUGGAGGUAGCUAUCGUCAAGGCGUUGCUCGAAGAGAAGAGCAGCGAGACCAGCGGCCGCAUAUCUGGACUUACGAAGUCCAACAUGGAGUCGUAUUCAGACACCAGGGAAACGAUCUCAAACCUCAAGGGCGUAGUCUUUGGCGUCAAAGAAGUCAUCGAAGGAUAUCGGCAUGAAUCAAGGGAUGAUAUGGCUGAUGUUAAAGAAGUCGUGAAUGGACUUCAGACAACCACCGCCGAUGCUGUUGCUGCGACUGUCAGUGCUAUCUCUGAUUUCCGUGCAGAUGCUAAGAGCCGGGUGUCUGAAGUUAAAGUCGUGAUGGAUUCUGUCAGGGAGGAGACUAAGGAUGGGUUUGAAGAGGUGAAUAAGACAGUUGAGGGUGCACAGGUUGAGCUCAGGGAAGUCAUUGCCGGAGUCGACAGAAAGAUCGACAGCUUGCAUGAAGAUGUUAAGGAGGUCAUCUCUGAGGUCUUGACCGCCGUCAAUGAUUCUAUGACCGAGUCUCAGAGUAGCUUUGUGUCUCUGACUACUUCCAUGGAGACUACCGUUGGAGCAUCUCAAGCCGCAGUCAAGGAGGAUAUUUCUGUUAUCAAGAAGCUGGUCGAAGAAUCGCAAUCUACCAACGAAACCGCGCAUGGGAGGACACAGCAGCAGGUCGCAGAGGUUUUGGGACUGGUCGAUGGGCUGCAGGCGGAAUGGAAAGAGCAACAACCGACACUGUACGAUGCGCUACUGGAGAUGAAGCAACUCCUUCUCGCUGCACAGGAAGCACAGAGAGCAUUGGCCGAGAAACCUGAUGUUGAGCUGCCACCGCCAUACGACGAUUCUAGGGCUCAGGACAAAUUGGACCAGUUGAUCGAAGGGACGGCGAACCAGGCCAAAUAUCUCCCGCAGCUCGAUCUCCUUGACACCAUCCAGAUGCAGGUUUCCGCUACUUCUGCCAGCAUCUCCGAGUUGAUCGAGCAGCAGAAGUCCCAGGCGCUUGAUGAAGCCGCUGUCAAGGUCGAAGCUGCCCGUCAAGCCGAAUUUGAUCUCGAGAAGGCUAUCUCCGACAAACGGCUUGUUGAGGCUGCCACCGAGCGCCUUCGUGAUGAGCAUGAUAAGCUUCAGGUUUCGGUCGGGACCCUACGGAACGAGACCAAAGACCUCAGUGCACGCAAAGUGAAGCUUGUCGCAGAGCUGGCUGGUGUUGAGACUACACUGAAGCUUCGACGCGAGGAGAUGGACAUGAUGGAGGUGCGAAGUGCCGCUUUGCAACAACGGAUGAUGGACGGAGUUCUCGAGAGAUCGCGGAAACUCCUUGAGACGCAGGCCGCACAGCCGAAGAAAGCCUCGCCGAAGAAGGCCCCCAAACUUAGGUCUCUUGCGGGUCUCGAGCGUCGACACUUCUCGCAGAGCCAUGCCGGAAUAGAGAGUCCUACAUCUAAAGCUGUCCGCCCCAGCUAUAGUGGUGGCAUCGGUCUCGGUCAGAGGGAUUAUUCCUCGAAUGCCGGAGCCUUGGGCAGGAGUCAGAGCGUCAAGACCACGUUCUACUCCACCAGCAGGAAGGCCGACCCUGUGAUUGCUCCGGAGAUCUUGGAACCAGCACCGGCAGCGAACGACGACAUGGAAUUUGACGAGGAAUACUACCCUGAGCCCGAGCUCGAGAGCGAAGAAGAAGAGGGGAGCGUCAUACGCAAUCCUAGCGAGGACCGCGACGAUGACGCUGCUGCUAGAAAGGCGUAUCCUGCGCUCAACCUGGAUUUUGGCGGUGGCGCCAGGAGCGUCAGUGGCGUCAGCUCUGUGGUAUAG